CUUUUGCAAACAAGCUCCUCUAUUUGGCAAUCCUUCGGGAGGAUGUUUGAUAAAUCAGUGAGCUGUGCUGACUUCUCUUGGAUCCAAGGCCACGCUGAAAUCCCUUCCUCCUUUCCUUCCUCUUUUCUCUCUGUUCCAGAAAAUGACAAAUCUCUAGCCGUCCCCUGCCAGGCGUUGCUGUGGCCCAGUCUGGAGAUCUGGAAAAUAAAUUAGAAAGUAACCUCUGAAUGAACCUUGAGAAGAACACUUCCCUUUGGCUUAGGUCAGGAAUGAAAUUACGCAGCACUCACAAGAAAUAAGUUGGAGAAAAUAUAUUUCGAGCUCCAUAGCUGUGUAUUCAAGGAGGAAAGGGAGGAUUGUGCUGUAAACAGUGGGGCUUGGUAAUUUGUUUAUUCAAAUGGACUAGAGCAAUACAAGGACUGAGAAGCGGAAAUCAGAAGAAUAUAUCUGUGACCUUCUGGCAUAAUAUUUGAAUCAUAAAUGUAAAAGAAUGGAAAAUCUCAAUUCCUUGUCAAAAUCACAUACAGGGGAGAAGCGACAUAACUGUAUGGAAUGUGGGAAAUGUUUUAUUAAGAUAAGUUCUCUUACUAAACAUCAACGAACUCACACAGGAGAGAAGCCGUAUAAAUGCAUAGAAUGUGGAAAGAGCUUCAGUCAGAGUGGGAAUCUGUACUCCCAUCAAAGGACCCACACAGGGGAGAAGCCACAUAAAUGCAUGGAAUGUGGAAAGAGUUUCAGUCAGAGUUCACAUCUGCGUACCCAUCAGAGGACUCACACAGGGGAGAAACCACAUAAAUGCAUGGAAUGUGGAAAGGGCUUCAGUAAUAGUGCAAGUCUGCGUAUCCAUGAAAGGACCCACACAGGAGAGAAGCCACAUAAAUGCAUGGAAUGUGGAAAGAACUUCAGUCGGAGUGACAGUCUGCGUACCCAUCAAAGAUCCCACACAGGAGAGAAGCCGCAUAACUGCAUAGAAUGUGGAAGAAGCUUCAGUAAGAGUGCAAGUCUGCGUGUUCAUCAAAGGAUCCACACAGGAGAGAAGCCACAUAAAUGCAUAGAAUGUGGAAAGAACUUCAGUCGGAGUGACAGUCUGCGUAUCCAUCAAAGAUCCCACACAGGGGAGAAGCCAUAUACAUGCAUGGAAUGUGGAAAGAGCUUCAGUAAGAGUGUGAUUCUGCAUAUCCAUCAAAGGAUCCACACAGGGGAUAAGCCACAUAAGUGCAUGGAAUGUGGAAAGGGCUUUAGUCACAGUGGGACUCUGCGUAUUCAUCAAAGAACCCAUACAGGGGAGAAGCCACAUAAAUGCAUGGAAUGUGGAAAGAGCUUCAGUCAGAGUGGGAAUCUCCGUUCCCAUCAAAGAACCCACACAGAGGAGAAGCCACAUAAAUGCAUGGAAUGUGGAAAGAGCUUUGGUGAGAGUGGAAAGCUAUGUAUCCAUCAAAGGACCCACACAGGAGAGAAGCCACAUAAAUGCAUGGCAUGUGGAAAGAGCUUCAGUCACAGUGCAAAUCUGCGUAACCAUCAAAGAACCCACACGGGAGAAGCCACAUAAAUGCAUGGAGUGCAAGUAUGCGCAUCCAUCAAAGGACCCACACAUAGGAAGAUGCAUUGGACAUCAAAGAGCUCACAUACAG